GUGUACUGUUUUAGACUGCCCAUUGUGUUUAAACGCCUUUAGCGAUGGAAGAACUAUCUCACAUGAUAGCUACUUAUGACCUGUAGAUGCGUCUGAAAAGAGAAAUUUAAAACUGCCUCUUUUUGAGCCCAGUUCUUUAGGAUUAACAUCAGACUUGGCGAUCCCCCCCCCAAUACCAUUUUUAUUUUAUUUAUUACAUUUUGAUAUGCUAGUCACAGGGAUAUCUUAAGACCGGCCAAGAUUUGCAAAGCAGAGUCAGAGAUGGAUUUCUGGUGCAGAGUUUGCUGUUGCUGCUGCUAUAAUGAAGAAGAACUGGAGAAGAAUCCACUGGUAGUUGGUGACACGCUUCAGUACAUCAACAACUUACAGAAAAAGCGGAAAGCAGAAGCAGAAAACCUAUGGAACGAGCCUGUGGAUAGCACCCACAUGGAACGGGAUGAUGAUCGUCAGCUGUUUACGAUGCUGCAGAAGAGGUCAAAACUGCGCCGUGGAUCAGAGGGUUACCGACGUUUGAGCAUUGACAUCAUUGCCCAGCGACAGAUUCGUCAGAAGGUGAAAGACAGAUGGAAACAUGUCCUGGAUGCCUUAGGAUUCAAAAAUGAAGCAGAUGGUCUACUCACUGUCACCUCCGGCACGUCAUACGAAUCCCUCCGCAAGCCUCAGGAGGCCCGCAAGCUCCUCAAUUUCCUGGCUGAACAGACAACCAUUUUUGGUCGUAACCGUGGUACUGGCCCACCAGAGAGAUACCUUUUUGUUCUUGACAGGCUCCUUCUCCUGGAUAUAGGGGAUGACUUCCUAUCGGCAGCUCGCCAUUUUUACCCCGUGGAGGAGGAAGAAGAGGAUGACUCAUCUUCCAGCGAUGGAGGUCCUCCACCUCCUGGUCCUGUCUUAGUCAAAUUGGGCAGUGAAGCUCAAGAAGAGGAAGAAGCUGAGGAAGAGGCUGAGGAAGAGGUUGAGGAAGAGGCUGAGGAAGAGGCCGAAGUGGUGGAAGAAGAAAUAGAGGAUGUUGAUUUAGAUGUUGAUUUAGAAUGAGAUGAUGAUGAUAUUUAUAUAUAACGGCCUUUUUACCAAAGGGCAGAACAUCAACAAUUCCAAUCAAGGACAAGGGCAAUAACAAGUAAGAUUAUAACAAUGCAUGAAAUGAAACCCUCCACACCCCAACAGCCCCUACCCAUCUCAUGAGUCUCAAGGACAAUUCAGCAGCCUCAUCUGCUGAAUCAAAGAUUUCCAAUCAAGGGAAUCAAUUGACUUAAAACUCUGGAAAAUGUGUGUGACAUCUGCAAAAUUGUGAUACUGGAAACCAAGUCCUGAAAGAAAUCCAAGCAAGAGAGUGUAUAAUGAAAAGAGAAAACCCUGAACUAAUCCUGGUGACACAUCUACAGUUAACGGGCACAUUUUGACUUAGAUCCUCAAAAUGAAACAGAGGAGGAAUAAUCAAACAACAAAGCAUUCCCCAUAAUUUGUAAUUAUGCCAACCAUGAUCCAAAAUGUCAAAAGCUGCAGAAAGAGCUCAGAAGCAAUGAAAAUUUUGACACUUAGCCUUUGCCACUAGAAUGUUUAUUUAUAGAUUCCGCCCUUCUCACACCAAAGGGGGUCCAGAGCAGAUAAAAAAACAUACCGUAUAUACUCGAAGAUAAGCCGAGUUUUUCAGCCCUUUUUAUCAGCUGAAAAAGUCUCCCUCGGCUUAUAAUGGGGUCAAGGUCAAGCUGGGCAGCAGAGCCUGGAGGCCAUUGCUUACAAUAUAAGAUAUAUUUCUCUUCUCCCUUAUCAGGGUUUUGUUUUUCCAAAACCUCCCUUGCUCUUAACCAAGAGAAUGUUUUGAAAAGGAAAAUAAGCCCUUGCAAAUCAGGAAUAAGAAUAUAUAUUAUACCCAUUAAUCUUAUAAAAGCAUUUUCCCCUGAAAUAUUUGUUAAUCUCUGCUACAGAUAUGUAGGCACUUCCCCUUGCAAGCCUUUGCAAUCCCUAUGUAUCUAAAUAUUUUAAAUCUCUCUAUAUAUUAAUUUUAUAUAUGAAUUUCCCCUCAUACGUUUGCAAGUCUUUACAAAUCCUAUAUACAUAUAGAUAUCUAGAGAUUUCCAUAUACCUGUAUAUCUGUAUCUAUGUGUAUACAUUUUAUAUAUAAAUUUUUUGCCUCACAUGUUUGCAAGUCUUUGCAAAUCCUAUGCAGAUAUAAUUAUCUAUAUAUAGAGAGAUGUCUAGCUAGAUAUAUAUGAAUAUAGAUAUAUAGGGCUUGGAAAUACUACAGGGGAAUGCACACACACACAUAUAGAUUUCUAGAUAGAUGUAAGAGGGAAAUGCACAUAUAUAAAGAGGAUUUGCAAACAUUUGGGGGGAAAUGCAUAUGUGAAAUUAGUAUAUACAAUUAUAGAUCUAUAUCUAGCUCUGCAUUGUUUAUAUAGGCAUUGAAUGUUGCCUAUUACUAUGCUGGAAGCUGGCCUGAGUCUUCAUGGGGAGAUAGGGUGGGGUAGAAAUGAAAUUUUAUUGUUGUUGUUGUUGCUAAGUUAUUGUUAAUACCACAUUGUUUUUGUUGACCCUACUUUUCCACUUACAGAGCUAGUUUACUGUUUUUCUUACGUAUUUCUUAGAAAUACGGUAAAUAUUCAAAAAUAUUUAACUUGCUGGUGCCUCA